GUGGACCCAGUGGAGUACAUGGACGGAGGAUACUCAACAGCGGCCUACGUCACAGUCCGCGUCACAGCCCGGAGUGUCCGCGGCGCGUCGGACCAAUCGGAGCGCGUGCACGCAGCAGCCCCACGGAGCCACAAGCAGCCACAGGCAGCCACAGGCAGCCCACCGCCUGCACACAAAGCGGCCGCAGCGCGACUGGAUGCGGGUCGGAGGAGCGACAUCUCGGUACUCUUUUUGGGGGAGAAAGUUCGGUAAAUAAGUUCACACCCGUAACUCGUCUUCGUGGGAGCCGGGACGUCACGCGCACGACGCACGCGACGUGUGUAACCCGCACACGGACCGGAGAGAAGUUUUUUUUUUUUUUUUCUUUUUUCUUCCCGCAACUCUGAGAAGUUUUUCCGGCCGGAACCCGGUCCACGAGCCGUCUCCGGGUCUCCGGGUCUCCGGGUCUCCGGGUCUCCGGGUCUCCGGCUGUGACGGGAUAUGAAACCAUCGAGGAUCCACGUCGUGUUGACGCAGCGCAGCGGACCCGCGCGAGAAGCCCGCAUGAAGGCGAACUUUCUGGAGAGUCUUUCUUCCUGGAAAUGGCAAGUGGAGCCGUACUGAUGGGUCGGACUGCGGGUCUGAUCAGCGGCGUGCUGGUCCUGGUCCUCGGCCUGUGCGUCGCCUCUCCGAACCACAGCCGUCAGCUGGUCUGCUGGAAAGCCAUCCUGAAGUGCCACGGAGAGCCGCAGUGCCAUUACGCGUACGACCAGUACCUCUACGCGUGCGCGUCCGUCCUCAGCGGGGACCGCAAGAAGUGCCCGAGCCACUGCAUCUCCUCUCUCAUUCAGCUCAACCGGACCCAGAGCGGCCCGGCGCUGGAGGACUGCGACUGCGUCCUGGACCCGGUGUGCAGGGCCACCAAGCAGGCCAUCGAGCCGUGCCUGCCGCGCACCAGCACCGUGGGCUGCACCGAGGCCCGGCGGCAGUGCGAGCUGGACGGGCCGUGCAGCUCGGCCAUGCAGGACUACCUGCUCCACUGCCGGAGGCUGUUCGGAGGGGAGCGGUGCACCGACGGCUGCCGCCGGGUCAUCGCGGUAAUGCGCUCCAUCCCCAAGGCGCAGCAGCUGGACACGUGCGUGUGCGACGGCGCGGAGAGGAACAUCUGCGAGUACAUCAAGGUCAGCAUGAAGACCUUCUGCUCGGACUCCGGAGACAGGGUCGCCGGCAGCGGCUUCCCGGACGCCGAGGAGGACGACUCCGAAGACUACCACCCGGAUCAGGAGGGUGGCCGGUACGCGGACAGCGCGAGUGACUCCCCGCCGGGGCAGACUGUCCUAAAGGUCCUGACCACCAUUUUGGUUUUUAGCACAUUUAUCUGAAAAGAAAGAAGGAAGGAAGGAAGGAAGGAAGGCUGCUGCCUAGAGAGUCAGAGACUCUGUGGAACCCAAAGUGAACCAGAAUCUUGCUUUUGGUCCUCAAACUAACAAGUGGAGCUUUUUUUAAUUCAACACUAAACAUUAAUAUACAAUUCAGGACACUCAAAUGUUAUAUUUCAUCCUCUGAUAAUGCCGGAUGGAGCCCAUUUGUUGUUGUUGUUGUUGUUUUUUGGUAUGCCAGCUAUGUAAAGAUAGAUUGUACAGUAUAUAUUGUAUAAAAUUUAUUUUUUUGUCAGAAUAUAUCUUUUUAUGAGUGAUAAAAUAUUUGUUGCACUGUAUGAAGAGACGAGUCCACCGCGGGAAGGACAACUGAUCCAAAAGGGCCUAAAAAAGUCUUCAAACGCCCCCCAGUCCCCCACGAUGGGACCGGAUCAGAGCCCCCCCCCCCCCCACGACCCCUUCAUUAAAAGCCAAACGUUGACGUAAGCCACUGACAUGUGUCUGAGUCCCGGUGGGCAGAUGCUGGAGUGAUACACUUGACCUCGUACACAUGGAUGUUUGCUCAAGGUUUAAAGUGAGACUGUUCAAACAGGACAGAGGAAGGAGACCCCCCCCCCCAGCCUGCCCCCCCUCUCGGGGGAUUUGCAGCACAAAUGGAGCCAAGGAGCAGUUUGUGCGUUUGUUUAUCCUCACCCUGUGUGUGUGUGUGUGUGUGUGUUAGAAGUCUGCACAAAAGACCCUGUGAAGAACUUACAAGAUGUCUGUGGGUGGAGAUGUGAGCGGCAGCACAUCAAAUAAAGACCGUGUUUCAAUGAGAGCGUGGCGCUGACUUCACAUUUUGAUUAAAAGCGUGCAAAGAAA